CGACAAUAUUAGCGCCCACAACUGUUAUCAGUGUCAAGUAGUCGGAAUUAAAAUACAAAAUACUGAAGAGGUAUCGUAAAGUCUGUCGUUACAAAGUUAGUAGAUUAUCCAGGAAAAAUAAAUCGGCUUACAAAACGCUUCAAUAUUAAAGGAAGGGAAAUGCAGAAGUAUGAGAAGCUUGAAAAAAUAGGCGAAGGAACUUAUGGUACCGUAUUCAAAGGUAAAAACAGGGAUACUCUGGAAAUUGUCGCACUAAAAAGAGUUCGUCUCGAUGAGGAUGAUGAAGGUGUUCCCAGUUCAGCACUGAGAGAAAUUUGCCUGCUGAAGGAACUGAAACACAAAAACAUUGUGCGACUUUAUGAUGUACUACACUCGGACAAAAAAUUAACACUUGUGUUCGAGCAUUGCGAUCAAGAUCUUAAAAAAUAUUUCGACAGCCUGAAUGGGGAAAUCGACCCAGAUGUGGUGAAAAGCUUUAUGUAUCAACUCCUACGCGGAUUAGCAUUCUGCCAUAGUCAUAAUGUACUUCAUCGUGAUUUGAAGCCUCAAAAUCUGUUAAUCAACAAAAAUGGAGAACUUAAGCUUGCAGACUUCGGACUCGCUCGAGCUUUCGGUAUUCCGGUUAAAUGUUACUCGGCAGAGGUAGUCACACUCUGGUACAGACCGCCGGAUGUUCUUUUCGGUGCCAAACUAUACACCACCAGUAUUGAUAUGUGGUCUGCAGGAUGUAUCUUUGCUGAGCUCGCAAACGCAGGAAGGCCACUAUUCCCGGGUUCAGAUGUCGAUGAUCAGCUCAAGCGGAUUUUCAAAUUGCUGGGAACUCCUACGGAGGAUACGUGGCCUGGCAUCACUCAGCUUUCAGAUUAUAAACCAUUCCCACUGUACCCUCCUACCACCUCUUGGAGUCAAGUUGUUCCUCGUUUGAACUCGAAAGGACGUGAUCUAUUGCAGAAGCUUCUUAUCUGCCGACCAACUUUAAGAUUGAGUGCAGAACAGGCGAUGGCUCAUCAGUAUUUUACGGAAAACUGAAAACGAUUAUAGCAACUGAAAUCGGUUUUAAUGAUCUAUAAAGGCAGUAACCGAUAAUCCAAAGGAAGCGAUGCCGAUGAGUAUAACCUGGUGAUAAAUCGAAUAGGAUAUAUGAGAACACUAUCAGGGUCCAUUUCUGAUGAAUUAUCAUUUACAAAGAUCUUUUUUCUCAUCUUAGUAAGGUUACGUAAAAGUCCUUUCUUCGUGGAUGUUUGUGAUAAUAUGAUAUAUUAUUUUUUGAGUGCUUGUCUAGUUUAGUGUUUAUUUUUUAGUAGAUUUACAGCCAUAUGUUCCAUUAAAUAAGUAAGUCCUUACAUCUGAAUCGUGUUGAUGAGAAUAAUAAUAAUAAUAAUAAUAAUAGUAAUUGAAGACAA